UUAGUCUGUGUGGGAAAUGGGAAAUGGGAAAUGGUCAGAUAGAUCCUGCAAGAACCUAAACCUAACACUCGUUUUUUUGUCAUCAAAAAAGAUUCUCUGUCUCUCCGAUCCUCGUCGAUCUGAAGAAUCUCGGAGACCAGUCACUUCAAUGGCGGAAUCUGUAGCUUCUCAAACUCCGUCGCUCUCGGAGCAAUAUCAUUUGGAGAAGGAAGUGAAGCAAGACACGAGUGCGAAGCCUGUCGAGGUUGCACCAGAGGUUACUUCUCAAGCUGAAGACGUUAGCACCGACAAAGCCAGUGAAGAAUCUCCUGCUGAGGAAGCUGUUUCUGCUGUUGAGGAGAAGUCUGAGUCUCCUCCUGCUUCUGAAGAGGCUCCUCCUGCUGUGGUAGUGGAAGACAGUGCUGAUGAGACUCCUGCUGCGGUGGAAGAGAGUAAUGACGAAAACGCUAGUGAAGAAGUUGUUGAGGAGACUCCUGAUGAGAUCAAGCUUGAGACAGCUCCUGCUGAUUUCCGUUUCCCGACAACUAACCAAACAAGGCAUUGUUUCACACGAUACAUUGAAUAUCACAGAUGUGUAGCUGCUAAGGGUGACGACGCUCCAGAAUGCGACAAGUUUUCAAAGUUUUACCGAUCUCUUUGCCCCGGUGAAUGGGUUGAUAAGUGGAACGAGCAAAGAGAGAAUGGAACUUUCCCUGGUCCUCUUUAAGACACUCUCCUGCCUGAAGAAGAAUCUUCUUUUGAUGUUACCUUCAUGAUGUCAGAGCUCCAAUUACACUGCAGAGUUUAAUAAGAUUUUACAGAACCAGCUCGUUUGGUUCCCCUUCAUAAGAUGUGAGAAUUUAACAACUAUAAUCUCAAAUUUUUUCUCUUUUACCUAUAUGCUCAUCUCAAGUUUUGAGGAUCUUCUGAUUUUGAAAUGUUGUUCUGCCUGAUUAUAUGCUUUUCAAUGGCGAGCUUCAAUUUUUAGUACCA